AUAUUGUAUACUUUAGCACGUGUAACAAUUUUUAUAAAACAAGAGAUCCAAUAAUAAUAGAUAAUUCCGAGAGUUUUUUUUUAAAGGCAUAGUUUUGCCUUCUCGCAAAUUGAUUGAUUUAAUCAAAUUGAUCGAUUUGCACGAAUUUAUAAGAAACGGCGCGAAAAACUGCAGUUCCGAAUCAGCGAUCCGCGACCGUGAUCGAUGAUGCAUACGAUGACUAGACUGAAACAUAAAGAGAAAAGAAAAAAAAGCGAGAAUAGACGCUUGUCUGUCACGCGUUUACGCGGUGAAAGUAUUUUGAUUCGGAAGGGGGAGUUCACCUGCGGACAGGUAAUAAAGCGGCAGACGGCACCUCGACAUUGAACGAACUUGAAUUUACCGUCAGUUCACGGUCGUUCGUUCGAGCUUACCGUUUCUAUCGGCACCAUGCGUACGAUUCUGCUGCUCACCUUCCUGGCAAACGCCAAUCUCAAUGGAUACGCAGAGGAAAUUUGGCAGCAGGACCUGUCUAAAGACAUGCAGAUAGGUGCAUCCACCGAAGGCUACGAUCGCGUAGGAUUGCGAUGCGGCGCCGAAAAGAUGACCGUGGAGCUCAGGACGACGGAGGAUUUUUCAGGAGUGAUCUACACUCAGGGUAACUUUUACUCCAGAGAACCGUCCUGCUUCCUCGACCCAGUUCGCGGUAGAAGUUUCACUAUGAGCAUCCCUUUGAACAAAUGCGAUACUGAAAGGAAUGGAGAGAAAUACAGCAACGUCGUGGUCAUCCAGCACGAUGAUGAGCUAUUGACUCCGGGUGAUGCUGCUUUUACGUUAGAAUGUGACUUCUCAAAACCGCGUGAUCUCACGGUAACAGCGAAUUUAAAUGGAAGCAAGAAAAGGUACACUAGAUCGAGUAUAGCUCUCGUUGACGCCGAUCCAGGAAGGAACAGGAGAAAAAGGGCGGCGUAUGUGGAAAGCUACAAUGACGAAGUUGUUUUCGUGCCGCAAAAAGCGUAUCGUAAGACAAACAAUGAAUUGUGAGAUACCAGUAUGUGCUAGCUAUAAUAAAGGACUAAAUGUGCAUUUUGCCCUUUUCUUUCGCUGCGAAACUUUCCCGGCUGAUAAUCGCCGUUCAUAAAUUUUUCACUUAUAAUUUCGCAAGUUUUCCACUGGCACAAUCUGGUGGUCUCUCCGCAAAUUCUACAGUUUUUUUUUUUACACUGAGCAUGUUCAGCGAACGCAACAAUUGUCGAUGACAACAAUAAUUAUCUUUGAUAUAUCCAUACUUGAUAGGUCCAUUAAAUUAAGUUUUCCUUUUCCAAAAAGAUUGAUCAUUUAAUUCGCGUUUGCUGAACGUGAUCAUCACAC